CAAAGGCUGGUGCCCCCACGGACCGCGGGCUCCGAGCAGGUGGGGAGCUCUCGUCUCUGGGCGGCGGAGCAGGUCUCCAGGGUGGUGCAUGGAGAACUAGCCCAGUCCAGUCAGCUGAGGUCCUAGGGCAAAGAUCACAUGUACAGGUCUCAACUGCUAUGCUUGGUGUGUGGAUCAAGUACUGUUCAUCUACUUCCAGACUGCCCAGUGCUCAGCUUCCACCCCCACCCUUCUUACUGAAGUGACUUGCAGAAACCAGGGAAAUGGACUCAGUAUUUGUUGAAGAUGUGGCCGUGGUCUUUAGCCAGGAAGAGUGGGCUUUGCUGGAUCUUGCUCAGAGGGAACUCUACAAAGAUGUGAUGAUGGAAACCUUCAGUAACUUAACCUCAGUAGGAUUUCAACAUGAAUUAUGGGAGUCAGUUUCUCAAAACCUUAGUGAUGGAGACAAGUUGGCCAAUGAACAUAUCAUGGUGCAAUUCAUGAAGAAUAACACGUGGUCUUCCAUGUUAGGAGAAAUUGUCGAAUCAUAUGGCCAUAAGGAUUAUUAUAAAAGCCAGGAAAGGCAUAUGAGCAUGUUCCCUGUUUUUAACCGAAGUCAUGCAGAAGAGCAGCUCUUUAAAAGUAAUGAAGACAAGCAACGUGGGAGCACCUUCCAUUGGAGUCCAAAUCUUACUAUUCUAGAAAGAAAUCCUCCAGAAGUAAGUUCUUUAGAAUGCGUGCAGUAUGGAAAUGCCUUUGUGGAUUACUCCUCACACAAGCAUUUCAGUAGAUUCGAUACUGGAUGUAGUACUUGUCCGUAUAAAGAAUGUGGAAAUCUCUACACUUAUCCCUCUCACCUGCCCAUUCAUAUGAGAGCUCUUAAUGGAAUAAAACUCCAUAAAUAUAAUGUAUGUGGUAUAGAUUUACCUUAUAUCUCAACACUUAAGAAUUCUGUGACAACACUCACUGGUAAGAGAUACUCUGAAUGUGGGAAAUAUUUCUGUGGUGUUUCAUCUUUUUGGGCACAUGUAGAAGGUCAUAAACCAGAAUGUAAAGUACAUUGUCAAACUUAUAAUAGUUCACUUCUUAGCUUACAUAAAUCUCUCCUUAAAAGCGAUAUGCCUUGUGAAUAUGAAAAAUGUGGGAAAAUAUUUUGUCAUUCCUCAGUUCACACUAGAUAUAUAAAAAUUCACAGUGGAGAGAGGUUUUAUGACUGUAAGGAAUGUGGGAAAGCUUUUAGUCGCUCCUCACAUGUCAUCGAACAUAUGAAAACUCACAGUGGAGAGAGACCUUAUGACUGUAAGCAAUGUGGGAAAGCUUUUAGUCAGGCUUCACACCUCACUAGACAUAUAAGAACUCACAGUGGAGAGAGACCUUAUAAAUGUGAGGAAUGUAAGAAAGCCUUCAGUGAACCUUCAUCCCUCACUCAACACAAAAGAACUCACAGUGGAGAGAAGCCUUAUGAAUGUAAGGACUGUCUGAAAGCCUUUAGAUGUUCCUCACAUCUUACUAAACACAUAAGAUCUCAUAGUGGGGAGAGGCCUUAUGAAUGUAAAGAAUGUGGGAAAGCAUUUAUGUGUUCCUCACACCUCACUGAACAUAAAAGAACACACAGUGGGGAGAAGCCUUUUAAAUGUAAGGAAUGUGAUAAAGCCUUUAGUUGUUCCUCACACCUCACUUCACAUAGGAAAACUCACAGUAGAGCGAAGGCUUAUGAAUGCAAGGUGUGUGGGAAAGCCUUUAGUCAAGUCUCAUCCCUCACUACACAUUUAAGAACUCAUAGUGGAGAGAGGCCCUAUGAAUGUAAGGAAUGUGGGAAAACCUUCACUCAGUCAUCAAACCUCACGAUACAUUUAAGAACUCACAGCGGAGUGAAGCCUUAUGAAUGUAAAGAAUGUGGAAAAGCCUUUAGGUGUUCCUCACACCUCACUGAACAUAAAAGAACUCACAGUGGAGAGAGGCCUUAUAAGUGUAAGGAAUGUAGGAAAUCCUUUAGUCAGGCUUCUGCAUUCAACACACAUAUAAGAACUCACAGUCAAGAGAGGCCAUAUCAAUGUGAGCAAUGUGGAAAAAGCUUUAUUCAGGCCUCCUUUCUUACUCAACAUAUGAAAAUUCACAGUGGAGAGAAGCGUUAUGAGUGUAAAGAAUGUGGGAAAGCCUUUAGUUUUUCCUCACACCUCACCUCACAUUUAAGAAUCCACAGUGGAGAGAGGCCUUAUGAAUGUAAGGAAUGUGGGAAAACCUUUAUUCAGACUUCAGCCCUCACUACACAUAUUAGAACUCACACUGGAGAGAGGCCCUAUGAAUGUAAGGAAUGUGGGAAAGCCUUUAGUCAGGCUUCAUCCCUCACAACACAUAUGAGAACUCAUAGUGGUGUUAGGCCUUACAUAUGUAAGCAGUGUGGGAAAGCGUUUAGUCAGUCAUCACACCUUGGUAGACAUAUAAGAACUCACAGUGGAGAAGCCUUAUGAAUGUAAGGAAUGUGGGAAAGCCUUUAGUCAUUCCUCACACUUCACUUUACACGUAAGAAUUCAUAGUGAGUUCUUAAGGCAAAGUGGGGUGUUACAUUCUAAAUGGCAUAAUAUCAAACAUGAAAUUUCCAGAAGUAUGUGAUAAAGAAUAAAGUUUUUCAGUGAGUAAGAAAGCAAUAGUAAUUCAAAGAAGGUUCACUAGCAAUACUUUGUGCCUUUGGAAGAAAUGAUAAUUUUAUUGUAACUGCGGAGCAUUCUAUACCAUUGUUUAUUCUCAGACCAAGCUCAAUUUUAUGUUUCUGAAAAUAUUUUUUUCUAGUACAAAUAAGACUGUAGGAAAUGGUCUUGAGCAAAUGUGGUGUUAUAUUUACUAAUGUCUUAUUGCUGUUAUAUUGUACACAAUAAAUACACAGCCCUUGUA